UGUGAAUUCAGGAAAUUGAAACUGUCCCUGUUCCACUGCCCAGAGGGAGCCAUGGCUGCAGAGAACUCCGUGGAAAGUCUCCAGGAGGAAACGACUUGUCCCAUCUGUCUGGAGUAUUUCACAGAACCCGUCAUUCUGGAAUGUGGGCACAAUUUCUGCCAAGCCUGCAUCGCCCAGUGCUGGGAGGGAUCCGAUACAGUCGCCUCCUGCCCUCAGUGCAGAGAAACUGUGCAACAGAGAAACCUCAGGCCCAACAGGCAGCUGGCAAAUGUCAUAGAAAUCGCCAAACGGCUGAGUUUACAGGCAGCAAAGGGAGCAGGAGGACACAGGGUGUGUGGGGAACAUCAAGAGGCUCUAAAACUGUUCUGUGAAGACGAUCAAACACCCAUCUGUGUGGUAUGCGACAGAUCCCGGGCUCACCGCACUCACACGGUGGUUCCCAUAGAGGAGGCUGCCCAGGAGUACAAGGUACGGAGUUGCUGUCCAGUCUAAUGGGUAAUAACUUUGGAUGUUAA